AUGAGGGAGACCCUUCGCGACUCGGCUUUCGGAAAGCUGCUCCGCGUCUUGAGCGGUACACGCAUCUUGCCAUACCCAGAAGAGACUCAGGAGUUGUUUUGGCGUACCUACCUACAAACACCCGCGGAGGCUGAACAACAUGAAGCAACUUCGACGACUAGCGAUGAAGAACUUCCUCAAUCGUAUGGACUGUACACGGUUGUAUCGCAAGCUUCAUACCGGAGCCGACGAAGGCCUCCGCUGAGGAGUGCCUUGGCAGGCCCGUGGCGCGGGGCAAAAGAAAAGACACCCGUGAUAAUCGGCUGGGCAGGGCCCGAUGAUAGCGAGAACCCUCAAAACUGGAGUACCAGCAAAAAGCUCUUCGUCAGCUCCCUCAUCUGGCUUCUCACAUUUGCUAUCUACAUUGGCUCUGCUAUAUACACACCUGGGAUACCAGGAGUGUCGAAGCAAUUUGAUGUGAGUCAAGAAGUUGCAUUACUCGGAUUAACAUUAUUUGUGCUCGGAUACGGACUUGGACCCAUGAUUUGGGCACCUAUAUCCGAGCUCCCUGCUGUGGGACGAAGUCCAGUAUACGUUUUCACACUCACUGUUUUCGUUUUCUUUCAGUUCGCAGUAAUCUACGCGAAGAAUAUCGGUAUGCUUUUGGCAUUUCGAUUUUUAACCGGCUUCUUCGGCUCGCCUGUCCUUGCUACCGGAGGAGCUUCAAUGGCGGAUAUUUGGGACGCUAGAAGUCGUGAUUAUAUGAUUGCAAUCUGGGGAUGCUUUGCUAUUUCAGCUCCUGUGCUGGGGCCUCUGGUGGGAGGAUUUGCAUAUUCCGCCAAAGGUUGGACAUGGACUAUCUGGGAGUUACUUUGGAUAUCUGGCUUUACUCUUGUGGUUCUCUUCCUUCUUCUUCCCGAAACAUUUGCGUCUAAUAUCCUCAGUCGCCGUGCACGGCGUAUUCGCCAUAUCACCGGCGAUCAGAGGUAUGCAUCUGAGGCUGAGAUUGAGAUCUCCCGUGUUUAUCCCAGGGAUGUCCUUAUUGAAGCACUCUUUCGCCCGUUUCAAUUGUGCUUCUUCGAACCUAUCGUAUUCCUGAUGAACCUCUACAUAGCCCUCAUCUAUGGGAUCUUAUAUAUUUGGUUCGAAGCAUUUCCUAUUGUCUUCGAAUUAAAACGCGGUUUUAAUCCAGGAGAAAAUGGGCUUGCAUUCUUAGGUAUCCUCAUAGGGGCUGUUUGCAUCGCUAUUCCGGGGUACUUCUAUUGGAAACUUCGCUGGCAAUCUAGGCAUAUUGACCAGAAUGGUUAUCUUUCCCCGGAAGAACAUCUUCCUCCAGCAUGUUUAGGAGCGUUGUGUCUACCGAUAUCACUUUUCUGGUUUGGGUGGACUGGAAACUUCGCAAGUAUCCAUUGGAUUGUUCCUAUAAUUGCUUCGGUGCUCUUCUCAGUUGGAAGCUGUCUCAUUUUCAACAGCAUCUUCUGCUACGAGGCAAGUGCGUAUCCAAAAUAUGCAGCCUCUGUUCUUGCCGGAAACGAUUUCUUGCGAUCAUCUUUUGGUGGUGCUUUUCCGCUAUUUGCAACCCAAAUGUUCCUCAACCUGGGUGUCGGCUGGGCCUGUACAUUGCUUGGGUGUUUAUCGGUGCUAUUCGUACCAUAUCCCUUUUUUCUGUAUAAGUUUGGGAAGCGGGUUCGGCACAGCAGCAAGUUUGCUCAACACGAUGACUAG